GGCCUUACAGAAAAUAAAGAUUCUGAGGUAAAUAAUGUAAAAUUACUCAAAAAUGAUGAACAACAAUCGACUAUUUCCACCAUUCACCGAGUGCCAACACCAAUCAGUGGCCCUUUACUAGCUGAUUUUCCCGAGUCCCCAAUCCCAUUAAUUACAACUCAAAGCAAACUCGAUUCUUCACAAAAAUCAACUACAAAUACUUCUCCUUCCAUCCCCGUACCUCCACCACCCUCGAAUUUUAAUACAUCAAAUUCCUCGUUUGGCUCAAUGUUUGGUCAAAAAACUUCUUCAACUAGUAGCGGUUUUAGUAAUAUGUUUGGGGGAAAAUUCAGUAAAUUAACAACGGGAAAGUUGAAGGAUGCAAUGCAAGCAGCGGGUGAACAGUUAAGUGCUAAAGCAGCGAGUGCUGUGGAGAAAGCUAAUCAGGCUAUGGCUGAGGCUACUUCUAAGCAGACAUCUUCUUCUACAACCACCUCUUCGCCUAGUAAACGACCACAUUCUUCAUUAGGUUUUCUAACUACAGAAGAGGAUUUAUCACAACCAUCAACAUCAAGUCGAUCUUUAUCACUUGCUCAAAUAGAUAAUAAUGCUAUUGAACUUCCGCCUGGUGCCGAAUUGCUGUCAGAGGAAGAACAGUUAAAGCUUAUUGCUGUUAUGCAAUGUGCGCAAUUGGAUGAAGAAAUGACAAGAAGAGGAAGUAUUUUUGAAGUGAAAGAAGAACAGAAGAAAGUAAAGGAAAGAAGAGAGGAACAGCAAAGAAGAGAAGAAGAACAAAGAAGGGAGGAAGAACAGAGAAGAGAAGAACGGAAGAGAGAAGAAGAAAGAAUGGAAGAAUUGAGAAGAGAAGAAGAAAGGAGAGAAGAAGAGAGAAAAGAAGAACAAAGGAGAGAGGAACUAAGGAGAGAAGAAGAAAAGAGAAGUGAAGACAAGCAAAAGCUUCCCUCUCCAGAUAUGAGCGGUCUUUCUCUUGAAGAACAAAAUAAAAUUUUGGAAGUAAUGAGGGCUGCAGAAGAACAUGAAAGAAUUGAAGAGGAAAGACAAAAGUCUAUUGAUAUAUUAAAAUUGAAAGAAAAGGAGGAAGAUUUAGCUAAAAGGCAACCUGAAUGGGAAAAUAAAAUUGAAGAGAUUGUUGAUGUUAAUACAACUUUACAACCUUCCCUUUCAUUUUUAGAAGAUUUGUCAAAAUAUGGACAGCCAAUAUUACCCUCUCCAACAACUUUACAUCAACAAAUUAAUGAUUUGCCUUCUUCAGAGACACCACCAAAAAUUAGUCAAAUUGAAGAUGAUGAGAAAGAGGAAGAGGAAGAGGAAGAUCUUUGGAUGCAACCUCCACGACAAGAAUUUAUUGCUCCACCAGAAGCUUGGGAAAAUGUUGUUGUUAAUUCUUCUGCUAAGAAGCUUUGGACUACAGACUUUACAGAGGAGUUUAUUGAUAAUGUUAAUGAAGAAAUGAAAAAAAGUAGUGAACUGGAAAUUAACGAUGAAGUGGAAAUUAUUGGUGAAGAUGAAAUUAGUGUGGAUACUGUUAGGGGUUGUUGGGAGACAGCGCCAAAAAAUGCUGAAGCAAUUCUUCAUUUUAAAGAAGAAUUGUCUAAACAACAAUUUGCUGAUCAACAAGAGAAAUCUCCAAUGUCUACAGUUGCUGAGGUUGAAGAGGAAAUGGCAGCUAUUGCUAGAAGUAUUUAUACUAGCAGUUUUGUUCCUAAAACAGAAGGACAAGAAAUGACAGAGGAUGAAGAUACUGUACAGUUGGCUGAUAUUGGUGAUAAAAGACUCCAAAAAAGUGAUAGUGGUGGUGGGUAUUUUGAGGUGAAAAUAAAUAUAUAUUUUUGCUUAAAGUUUUUUAAAUCCCUAUCACUUUCAAGGUUGAAAUGGAAGAUCCUUGGUCCCCUACAUCCCCCACCUUUAAUCCCUCUUCUAAAUCAAUUUCCUCUUUUACCCAACAACAAAGACCGCAACAAAUUCACCCUCCUCCAACAAUUACUGUUACUGAAGAAAAAACACCGACGGAGGAAGAAUCUGAAGAAGAGGGGGAGGAUGGAGGUGGAGAAAUAG